AUGGAAGGAAAUUUUGAAGUCACCCCACCGCGAUUUGGAUCCGAAAUAUCCGGAACCCAACCCGGGGGAACAGAAUUCGGGUUCGAAGAAUUCGACAGCUUAAUCUCCGGCCCAGCGGAAACGGAAGGCAGCUCGUUCACGGCGCUCCUCGGACUUCCGCCGCCGCAGGCUAUGGAGAUCUUGGUCAAGGAGGACUUUCCGGCUAAGCCCAUGCCGCCCCCGAUUUUCCCUCUCGAUUUUGCCCUCGUUGACCGAGCCUCUAUGUUCUCUGCCUACGCCUCGGCCGAUAAUUCCCCGGUGAGUACUACGAUUUUGUCAGCCUCAAGCUCGAUGAAGCUAGAUUUGGUGAAGCAUGAGCCACCGGAGGACUCACGCCCGAAUUCCUCUUCACCGGCGGUUUAUGAUCAGAGUUUGAAGUCCGGCAAGCGGAAGGAGAGGGAGAAGAAGGUUAAAGAACCGAAAAAAAAGAGCAAAAAGGCGGUAGCAAAUGAAGCUUCCGAAGUGAGUGGCGAGAAGCUGCCCUAUGUUCACGUCAGAGCCCGUCGUGGUCAAGCUACUGACAGUCACAGCUUAGCCGAGAGAGCCAGGAGAGAAAAGAUCAAUGCCAGGAUGAAGCUAUUGCAGGAGCUAGUCCCGGGAUGCCACAAGAUUUCAGGUACUGCAAUGGUGCUGGAUGAGAUAAUAAAUCAUGUACAAGCACUUCAACGUCAAGUGGAGUUCUUGUCUAUGAGACUUGCUGGUGUGAACCCGAGAGUUGAUUUCAACCUUGAUGCUCUCCUUGCUGUAGAAAAUGGAUCCUCUAUCAAUAAUAGCUGCCCAGGCAUGUUUGAUCCUCCCGUCUGGCCUGAUGGACAAAUCGAAAUGAACAGACAGCACCAUUAUCACCAGCCAUUGGAUGUUGAUGGGCUUCACCAGCCUUCAUGGGCCAGACCAGAAGACACCUCCAACUUCAUUACUCCAGAUCACUCGCUAUUAAGUUACGGUUCUCCUGCGAACUCCGCGUCACUGCACUCAAGUCAGCUGAAAAUGGAGCUCUGA